AUGCACUUGGCCAAAUUGUUCUCUUAUCACAUGGAAUCCUACAAGGAGCUCACUUGCGAGUUCUUAGCUUCAAUGAGGUACCACAUGUACGACGAGGAAGAUAGAGCUGAUUUGGACCAAGGAUUGGGAUGGAUCACGUUCUUGGCUAAGGGAGAGAAGAGAAUGGUGACCUUUAGGCAGUUGGAGAUCUUAUUUGGGUUCAACUAUGGAGAAGGUAUUAAGUGGAACUUCAAGGAGAAGGAACUCCAAAGGGUUUGGGCUACAAUCGCUGAUGGAGAGUACUCUUCCUCAAGGUCUAAGGCUGCUCAAAUCAGGAGCCCAGUAUUGAGAUAUGUGCACAAGGCACUAGCCAACACCUUCUUUGCAAGGAAGGCAACCGGGACCAUUAACGAGGGGGAACUCAAGUUUCUUGACAUGGGAAUCAAGCCCAUUCUCUCACGCACAAGCGAUGGCAAGAGGAUCAGGGGAGAUAGAUCCAACACAGGGAACUUGAUGCCUUUCCUUGAUCAUCUCCUCACCUACAAGACCACAGCCUACAACACUAGACAUCAACGAGGGAGGCGCCUAAGUGUUGGAGGGCUCAUCACUCCUAUCUUGUGUGCUGCUGGAGUGAACCCAACUGAUAAGAAAGCCACUGAACCAGGUUGGAUGGACAUCAAGUUUUGCAAGACAACCUUCUCAUUGAGCACAAGGAGUUGGAUGGGAGGUUCCAAUUCAAGUUCACCAUCCAUUGGCUGGCCCUUCCAAGCUUCUCCUGCCUAA